AUGGAUACUCCACCAGAAGCAGCAAAAUUAGAUUCUGAUGCAGCAGAACUCAAUUCUAACGAUGCAAAUGACGAAUCUGCCACUGCAACUGAGACAGGAGAACCAGAAAAGCUUAUCUCGACUCAUCCAAACAUCAUCAAUGAUUCUAUCCAGAAGGAACCAAGCACCAGAGUUAAACUAAAUCAUCCCAAAGAUCUCAUUCUUGGAAAUCCUAAAGAGAGCAUGAUUACCAUGGCUAAAACAAAGAAUUUAGGGCAACAAAAAUGGGUGGAAGAAUCCGAUGCUACCCCCUCGAAUGCUCCUCCUGCUGCUCCGAUUUUGCUGCUUGCUGCUGCAACUGCUUCGAACCCAGGAGAUUCAUUGCUUCCUCAGCGUGAAUCUCAGCCCGUGAAGCCCAAGCCGAAAAGAAUCCCUAAACAAGUGGUUAGAAAAUCUGUGCGACCCUACAAAUGUUGGACUUCAUCGUCUUCAUAUUUGAAGGGAUCUCCUCCACCUGCUACGAUAUCGCUUCUUCCUGCAAUAGUGAAGGGAGUUGCUACAUCAACUCCAACUGGUCCUUCCACUCACAGUCGUGCCCAGAAAGCAUCUAUCGAGAAGGAAAUUUUCAUGAAACGAAGCCAUGACAAACUAGCUCCUCCAGCCAAGAAGCUGAAAUUGAAUCCCCCCUCAAUUUCUUCAAGUUCUGAAGAAGAGGAACCCAUGCAGGAUCCCUCUGUUGAUUGCGAGAACAAAUCCAUUGAAGACACUGAACUCGAACCCGAGUCACCUUUGCCCAAAUCUACUCCAACACCUCCUCGAGGAUCUUCAGCAACCAAGGCAUCUGCUGCUGCCAAAGGCAAGCAGCCUACGAAGAGUUCUUCACCUGGUAAUAUCUCUCCAUCUCAAGCUCUCAGAGCUUGA